AUAUCUGAGAUUUCCAAAAAAAAAAAUCGAGGGAUGAUUUGCUAACGUUGGUAUCAGUGAGUUGAAAUGCAAAGAAAAGGGGGUCCCCUGGUUUGAGUGCAAAAGAGUUCAACACAAGGUUGGUGUCCUCCAAGUUUAACAAUCGUUUUCAAGUUCCACUCCCAUCUCAUUUUUGUAGGUUUGGUUUGAUCAUUCUUUUCAUUUCAGACAUUGCAUGCAUUAUCCUUUCCUACCAUAUAAUUCAGAUUUUCAUGGAGGACGAUAAACAUGACUUCUCUUCUUCCUUUUCAUGGUGGUCAGGCACCCAUAAUCGACCCCUUCAAUCUCCAUGGCUUCAAGCCACUCUUUCAGAUUUGGAUGAGAAGAUUCAAUCGAUGGUAAAUCUUAUACAAGAUGAUGGAGAUUCGUUUGUGGAGAGGGCUGAGAGGUUUUAUAAGAGAAGACCUGAGCUCUUGAAGAUCGUGCAGGAUAUGUAUAACUCAUAUCUUCGCUUGGCUGAAAAAUAUGACCAGCUGAGAUCUGCAGAAUCCAUUCCUGCUUCCUAUUUCAGACCAUCACCUUCUUCUUCUUCUACACUGAAGCUCCUACGAAAUACCAAUAAAGAAAAUACUUCCCAAUCCCAGCCAGUUCAUAAAGAAGGUUCUGAUCCUGAAACUCAAGCCUCCAGCUUCGAGCAGUAUUCCUUUCAUGAACCAGUUUCAUAUAAACAAUGCAAGACGGAAGAAGAUAAAAAUGGAAGUAAUUUGAACGAAGGUGGGCUGAACCAGAUUAUAACUGGUGGUGAUAGCGAAGAGAAUGAGAAAAUAUGGAACCAAACGAGGCAAAAGUUGUCAAAACUUAUCGAGGAUAACUUGAAGGAGCAGAAUGAGCUGAUAAGGAGAAACGAAGAGAAGAGAGAAGUGAUUAAACAACUUGGUGCUCAAAUCAUCAGGUUAAUGGAAGAGAACAGGGCAUUGAAGAGUUGUCUUCCAGGUUAUAAGAUGGAUAUGAGACGAAGCGAAUCUCGUGCCUCCAAGCUAAAGGGUCUUAAUUGCAUCGGCAAGUUUCAGAGCUAAUCUGGUCUUCACCUGCUUUGGACAUGGUUUCUAUUAUUUUAUUUUCUUUGAUUACAAUUGGUUUUGUCACCCACGUAAGAAAGUGGAGUUCUUCCCUGGGAACUGGAAAGUUCUCGCCUUCUGAACAACAAGAAGCUAUUGUUGUUUCCUGUUUGUUGUCAAA